AUUGACAAUGAAAUAUUUGAAAAUAUGCAAAUACAAUUGUAAAUUCAUUUGAAUAUUAAAAUUUUUGUUUGACGACAACGGAAAAUCGUGUAGAUCGUGUAGGAGUGAAAUGCUUACAUGCGAAGAUCAACAUCUCAUGGCAACAGAAAUGGACAUUCGUACACAUUAGUGUAUAAAAAGAAUACAGUCAAUUAUAAAAGUAAGGAAAUAUAAAACAUUGACAUGUGACCAUUUUUCUACUAAUUUGGUAUACAUGAAAUACUUUGCUCAUUUCUCAAAGAAAGGCUGUUAUUGAUAUGUUGUGUAGGUGUGCAGCUGCCAUAUUGAAUGGCCUUAUGUACUCGUACAAUCAUGUAUUUUCAAAUAUAACUUCACAGUAUCUUAGAAACUUCUGUGGUUUAUAUUAUAUAUGGACUGGUCAGAGCCUUCUCUUUAUAAUCAAACUUCAUCACUUUAAUACUUUUAUACUAGCUUUAAAUUUUAAAGCUUUAAAUUUUAAAGCUAGUAUAAAAGUAUUAAAGUGAUGAAGUUUGAUUUGGACCAUUUUUGAUUUGUAGCAUUUAAUAUAAUUGUUUAUAUCAGGAGUUCCAUCAUGCUUGAAGGCAAACGAAAUGUUAAGAUGGAAGAGACUCUGGUCAAAUUGAUUGUGAAUAUUAUAUACUUGAUUAGGUUCAGAAUCUGAACCACAUGCACUUGUGAUUGGUUAUUUGUAAAUUAAAAUAUCAUGUCAAACUGGUUUGGGAAAUAUAUGUGUACAGUAGCUAAUUAUAUUCUGCAAAUGUAUAUUAUAUGUACUGUACUUGGUAUCAUGUUAUAAUUAGCUAUAUAUUUUACAUGUUUAUUUCCAAUAACCUGAACCUAAAUAUCAAGUAUGUCUGAACCUAAAUAUCAAGUAUGGAAGUGAUAUUUGCAAUCAGUUUGACCAGAAGCUCUUCCAUCUUGGUGUUAAUUAUUCUGCAUUUUUUCGGGGCUUCUGGAACCAGGGUAUAGGUUGAUCGAUAGUGCCUGUAAAUGCCACUUCAAUUCUCUUCAAGAAACUAGUAAAAUUGUUUUGUUCUCUACAGUACCAGAAUAUGAUAUAGUUUCAAAUAUCUUUGAGGAUUAUUCUGCAGUGAAGAAUUGUUCACACAGCUUUGAAGUGAUUGGAUGAUAUAUCUAGCUGGAUUAUUGGGCCUAGUUCAUUGAUCUGUUAAUUUAAGGCUUAAAUAGAGAAUAAUACAUGGGUGCGCAGAAAUACCAGAUUUAUUUCUCGUGUUGAACAUGAUAUCUCGCAAGUGAUCAUGUUCAACACAAGAAAUAAAUCUGGUAUUUCCAAGCACCCAUGUGGAUGUAUUUUUCUGUUUAUUAUAUACAGGACAGUCUUUGAAAGUGAUAAUUUUUACAGAAAAGCGAUAAUUGAAAAGCGAUAAUUUUCACAUGUGAGAUUAUCAUAAAUAAUCUCACAUGUGAGAUUAUCACUUUUAUCAGUGCUCGAAAUCUCUAUAAAGCAGUAUACUUUAUAUAAUAAAUAAGUAUAAUAUAUGGUACCGAUCGAAUCAAGAAUGUCAGCCAUAUUACUUGUGUUAACUUUAUACUAAGACUGACAAUAUGUCAAAUCAGGCAUUUAGAGAGUGGCUUAGUUUGCAACUGUAUGGCAUGCAUGCUGUUUUAUUUAGAGGUGUACCAGAGAAAGCUUUUUUGAAAAAUAUAUGACUGAAUUAUCCAGCUGAUCGAAUACCGGACAUUUUUUAUAUAAGGUUCGGGCUUUCAUUUGAGAUAAAAUAAUGAUUUUAUAAAGUGAGAGUGUUUGUAAUAUUUUGACUUGAAAUAAUAGGAAAGAACUUUGCAGUGUAACAUCAAUAAACUUGCAUAUAAUUGCAAAAGCCUUGCCCACAUACAACUUUUAAAGUAGAAUCCACUUUUCUCUGUUAUAAUGUGUUAGAACAUCAGGCUUUCUUGCCAUCCUACUUUUCCUACUUUUUCCUACUUUUCUUCAACUUUCCUACUUUUCCUAUUUUUUGUUAAAAAUUGCUUGAUUUUCCUACUUUUUCCUACUUUUUCUCAUAAAAUCCUACUUUUUUAAGACAGCUUGGGGAGUCAGUAUGUUAUGGCUCUCGUAAUUAGAUCUAUAGGACUCGUAAUUUUUAUUCCCUAUUUGUGUCCCAGAUGAUAAGAUCUCAGGAGGAGAAGAAGUACAUUUUCCGAGUAUAUAAUUUAAUAGCAUCUCUAGAAUCAUAAUCAAUAAAUUAAUAAAGACUCUGAAAGUGCCAUUUCCGACGAUCUAGAGAUUCCAAAUAUUCACCCCCUCAGUUAAUCAAGCAUCAUAUAUACAGGGCCGUAGCAACCGGGGGGGGGCAAUAAUUUGCUAAUAAUAAUUUUUUUUCAAAAUCAUGCAGACCUUUAUCAUUUAAUCCAUGACGAACUGCAAAGAAUGAAGAUAUUACCCAUACUUUCCUGCAACUUAUCCAAUAUAUAGUUAAUUAAAUACGCCUUCGCCCAUUUAGUACUACUAAAUUGUAAAUUUCGACAUACUAAAACGCUGUUUUCUGACCAUCAGAAUUCUGUCAAAUCUUCCCCAAAGUCCAGGAAAUGGCAUUUCAGAGACUCUAAAUUUAAAAAUUUCCUCGGGCCUUCGGCCCUCGCUUUCAGCCCCCCAAUCGAAAAGAGCUUCCUACGGCCCUGAUAUAUGCUCCUGCCGCAGUGUGGAUUGGUGUAUUGUGUAGCCCAAUACAUGCAUUUGAAUUGUGUUGCUGCAGAGCAGAUGCCUUAGCUUGUAUACCGAUGCAAUUUAAAAGUUUUUGAGAGAAAAAUCCUGCAUAGAUGAAUGAGUACAUAAAAAUAUUGAGCACCAAAAAUUUACACAACUUCCCCAUCAGAUAUCUAAUGGUCUACCCCCCUUACCACAUAUAUCAUAGGGCGCCAAUUUUGUAUAAUUUUGUGUUAUUUGCAUCUCCAAAACUCCUACUUUUGUCCUACUUUUCUACACAUUUUCCUACUUUAUUCCUACUUUUCCUAAAAUUCUAGUCCUACUUUUGUCCUACUUUUCUACACAAGGAUGCCAGAAAGCCUGGUUAGAUCGAGUCGAUAUACUAUAUGAUUAGAUUACUAGUCACAUCAUUAGUAAUACUAUUGGCACUACAUACUGUAUAGUUGCGUCAAGCUUUCCACCCGGGGGCCAGCUUUCUUCCGCCCUUUUGUCAUCAACUGGGUGACAAAACGCUCAUUGAUGGUGUUAAUAUCCAGGGCAACAAGUUCUUUGAGGUUACCCUGAUGAUUAAUUGGUUUUGGUAACUAGCAUAGUUGUUUUUUUAUUACAUAAUUCUCCAUCCAGUAGUGUCACUAGUUGCUGGUGGGAUGCAGGAGGAGGUACCAUUGAUUGGGUAGGCAUUACGAUUAUCUUAGUUUAUGCUUGUGAUAGUGCCUGAUUAUUCAUGCUGAUUGAUACAUGAAAGCAGCUACCAAUUCCAUCUCUACUGGUGACAGCAAACAAUGUUAGCACAGAAAAAUAAACAUAAUAAUAUAUUAUGUUGUGUAAUGUGUCUUAAUUAAUGUGUGUGACUUAUUGUAAUAUUGAAGAAGCAUGUUUAAAAUAAUGAAGAAUUUAGCAGUUUAUUCAUAUCUCAUCUCAUUCCCCAGCCUAGUCCCAGUCGUUCUGAAGCAAGCGCGAGAAAAAAGUGGAUGUAGUACGAGACUGGGACCUAGGUGUGACGUCACCGCUCAAGGUGCUUCAGAACGCCUAGCAGAUAUCAGUAUUUUUAAUAUGGCGGAAAAUUUAUAUAUACAAGUAACCUUUUAAUUAUAAAUACGACAAUGUUCGUUCAUCAUGUACAUGUUCGAUGUCUACAUAACCAAAUCAAACUGUAUUAAAAAUGUGCUCAACUAAAAAAAAUAAAUAUACAAAUUUAAGAUACCGAGUUUGAGCAAUCGUUGAAAUCCAGAUGUUAUUUAUGUACUCGCAAGUUGUGAUCAACACUAGACCAUACUGGUAUACACAACUACGCUUUCUACUUGACAGGUUUAAAUUGCUGAUGAGAUUGGAAAUAUUUGCCUGACAUGACGGUGUUGUCAAAACAUUCUUAGUCGGAGACUCGGCAUAAUUUUCAAGCUUCUAGAUAGCAUUUAAUAUGGCUAUAUAUUUUAGUAAACACGAGUCAUAUUUAGCCCGUUAUUCCAUUCUGACCGUAUGGCAGCGAAACGUAGCGUACUUCAUUGUUCCGACAGCAUUAGAGCAAAACUAAUGACUUAAUUAUAAAUGCAAAGGAACUUUCCAUAACAAUUUCCAUUUACAAAUGAGGUAUGCUUGGUAACCAUGCCAGGGACCACUUUUUUGAAAUCAGGGACCAUUUUACCGAAAUCUGCUAGGCUCUCUCGCUGAAGCGUUCCGCACAGCACACCCAGGCAUAAAACUUUUAAGACUUAUUUAAAUAUAUCAAAGCAGCGAAUAGAGAGAGAGAGCCUGGGACUAGGCUGCUCAUUCCCAAGUUAUAAGUACUUUUUGUAGUUUGAGUUAGGUUAUGACAUUGACCAGUUGUGCUUGAGAUGGCAGCAACUACAGGAGAAAGUCUAGUAUCUUAGAGGUGCUUCAACAAAAUGAAAUGAAAUUUGUAACAAUUAAUUAGUAAGUGCACUUAGCCAAACGUUUUGUUAUGCAUGUUUAUAGUGUUGUCAUGGUAAAGGUUUCCUUCUUACGUACAGUACAUUUGUCUAAUCCCUUGCUUUUGAUGAAAAUUAAUAUGUAAUGCAAUUUUGCAAUUUUAUUUAUUAAAUAUAAACAUUGUGACAAGUUUAAGCUAUUCAAUUAAAACAAGCGUUCGUUGCAAAGGGUCUGUAGCAAACAUUAUUUAAAUAGAAAGAGAGAGACCUGGAAAUUAGUCGGUUGUCAUGAUAACCAUAUAAACAUACAAAAAUGUUUGCUUAAGUGCACUUACUAAUUGUACGAAAUAUCACAAUAUUUUAUUAUACUAUUGUUGAAUCAACUCUGAGAUAUUAGACUUUCUUCUUCUUGCUACCAUCUCAAGCACAACCAGUGCAAGGGCGGAUUUUCAUUUCUUUGAAAGGAGGGAUAGAAAAAUUUCUGGUGGGGUGCAAGCGGCACCACUCAGUGAGUUUCGGCAGGGGUUAGGCAUUUGGGUUAAAGCCUUUCACACAAAAUAGGAGUGAAGCGAAAUUUUGGUGGAGAUGAACACUUUAUUAGAGUGGUUAGAGUGAUUAUAGGGGGUUUAACCCCCCCCCCCCAACCCCCCAGUAAAUCCGCCCAUGAACCAGUGACGUCAUAGCUCAAAAUACAAAAGCCUGAUAACUUGGGAAUGAGAUGAGAUAUGAAUAAACAGUGUGAAACUAAUUUGUCGUUAGUUUGAACAUACUUUCAAGUGAUGCAAUAAAAAAUAGGGGCAAAAUUUCAUUUUAUAAACACUUUAAGAGAUAAGUUGACAAUUAUAUUUUCCUUAAUUAAAGUUGAAAAAUGUAAAGGCAGAAAUGCAAAAUUUUUACAAAUGUCAUCAAUCAGGGCGUGGAACUUGCGUGAAAUUGAAAUUUUGUGACACUUCUAAUUUAGAGACAUGGAAGAGAAAAGUGAACAUCUCGCUCUGUCCGAGAGAAAAAAACAAACAGACAAUGAAGACCAGCAAGAUAUGCAGGACACAUCUGCAACACAAAAUUUGGUGGACUCAACAGAUCACUUUAGUUGGGAAGAACAAGGAUGCUUGUGUUCGUUUGUCCCAAAGCGGUACAUGGUAACAUUCUUGGCCAUGUUUGGUUUCUUUAAUGCAUAUGCCCUGAGAGUCAAUCUGAGUGUGGCAAUGGUUGCCAUGGUGAAUAAUGUGACAAAGUUUGGACAUAGUCUUGAAACUGAGGUUUGUAAUACGUAUAGGGCUGCUCCCAAUUAGUAGAUUAAUCGAUAUUUUUUUCGUUUUUUUCCCCGCAAUCCAAUAUAUACUUAACAGUAUUCGCGCUGCGUUGCCAAAUCGGAUUCAGUGUGUCUAUAGGCCUUUACUCUUUAGAAGUGUCAAACGUAAACUCAACAUCGUCAUUGUCUUGUCAGUUGUUUAAUUACUUGUGAGAGAAAGUGUGCAAUCUAUAACUUCUAUAACAAUCUAUAACGCAAAUACUGACUGAAUUGUUGGGUGACAACAGGAGAGGGACAUGUCAAAUUUAAAUUAAUUACAAAUAAUAUUCAUUUAUGCUAUUCGAGGUUUAAUUUAUGAUAAAAUGUGGCAUAAGACAAGUAGAUAAUGAAUUGAUUACAACCUCUUGAAAUGUUCUCUGUUGUAGCAUGAAAGCUUUAACUCAAUUUCAUUAGCUUUCUAUACAUAUAACAAUUUUGAAACAAAAAAUGAAAACAUUAAAAUAAUUGAAAAUUUCUGUGUAGUCUGUUGACCUCCUCAGUAUUUCGCCAUAUUGUUCAUACGUCAUAUAAUACAAAAAAAGGUGAAGCGAAUACUUGAUGUGAAUUAUUUACAUGUGUAAUUAUAGUUCAAUUUUAUUUGUCUCAAGUAGUGAUUUUUGCUUAUACUGUAUUUUCAAGGAUGUUGCAGAGUUUAACUGGGACACCAAGUUGCAAGGUAGUGUAUUCGCAUUCUGUACGUUUUUUGUUGUGAUGUUUCGGACCUAAUUUCCAUUUAAGAAUAACGAUUGGGAAUUUUUAAAAAAUCUAUUCACUUGAUAGAUAUAAAUAAAAAGAUAAUUUAACUGAUCUUCAAUAUGGUAGUAUGAAACUUAAGUACUUAGUGCAUGAUCUUGCUUGAUGUAGUAAUCACAAAUAUGGCUUCAUGCAAGAUUUCGCAUGCUGACAUUUUCGAAUUUUUGCAAGCCAUUUAGGGUAGUAUUAUGUCACAGGGUUCGCCACACUCUGGUGGGAUGGUUCCAGAGUGUGACAGAGAGAAUACCUGGGUACGAAUUUUAGGUUUAGGCAGUUUUAAUUUUUAUCCGCAGUGUAAUUGGUACAAUAAUAAAUAUGUUUGGAUUCAGCUUCACACUACGUUCACACGAGAUCAGAGUCAACGGACGAAUUCAGAACCUCACCCAAAUUCUUCCGGUUCUAUUUGUUCACAUUCAUACGGUUACCUGUGUUCGAAUUAAGGGGUUUUUAUACGUCGCAUGACAUCGUGUAAAGCGAAAUCGUGCAAAUAUGGCAACGGUCCCGAAAGCCCCUCCGAAUGCCUUUGGAAGGUUGUGGCGCGCCAUUUUAGACUUUCAGAUGCUAGGGCGAUGGCAGGAAAGGCGGGGGAGGCGAAGGCGAGAGAAAGAGAGCAAUUUGUAUUUAAUUUAUUCAAAAUGACGUCAAUUAAGAACUAUUAAGAAACUUUAAGUUUGAUUUCGAGUUGUUGCCUGUUAUUCUGGCCUUGUUAUAUACUGGCCGAAACAAUCAUUGUACGUUUUUCAUUAUCUUCGUAUUCAAGUAAGAGUUAAAGACUAUUAAGUGUUCUGCUAUUUGUGGUUUUAAAGAUAUAGCACUGUUCAAAGUUAGACAUAUUUCUGGUAUAAACUGGAGAGUAAUUAUAAAUCAAAGACGCUGCUUCUUCUUCCGGUGUCGGAAACUUAUGUUGACUCUGUCUGGCUUCAUUUACAAAGAAAUUUGACAUGUACUGAGUGAGUUUAAUUGACAUUUCUUGGUGAGGAAUAUUUUCAUUCAAUGUCCACUCGAACGCAUUUUUCUCCGCAUGCCAUUGAAUACUCUUCCGAUCUAUAUUUUAUUCCCUCCAUGGUCGAAACAAAUUCCUCGCCAUUUCUGUCGUUGUUUGUCGACAAAAUACGGAAGAAAUUCCUGAUAUUUUCAUUUUCCUUAAAUUUUGACACUAACACUGAAUAGUGAUGCAUGUUAAUCGUAGUUGGCGCUGUGGAUAAAAAUUUCGCCAAGUCUUCCGGAAUGUCGCGAAAUAAUUUACUAUUUCGAUAAUUUGACGAUAAGUUAAGCGGUAUUGUGUAAUUUUCGGAAUCUGUUCUCGACAGAAGGUGAACGUCGCUGCUGGCCAAAACCGAUAAGAAUUGAUUCCCUAGACAGGUUCCCCAAAUGGGAAAAUAAUCGCCCGCAUCGUACGAUUUCUUGGCUAAAUUAAAAAUCUGUUUUCCAAUUCGAGCAUAUCCUGACGUGACAAAGUUGACACCUCCUCCAGGGAAAAGUGCGCCAUUAAUUGAAUAAAACAGUUUCUCAGUUUCGUCCUCGUUAAGAUCGUUCAUUAUUGGUACAACACGAGCUCCAGACGAUUCCAAAUACUUGAUGUAAGAAGCAGCUAUGUAGGACUGGCCAAGCUUCUCAAAACGUUCCCCUUUUGUCGAUUGCGCCAUAACUCCGAUGAUAGGCCGGUUGUUGGGAAUGGUAUGUAGCUUCACGUUGACUGGAAUUGUUCUGCAUGUAUAUACCAUAACUAGCAAAAGAAAGCCAACAGUCAACUUCAUCUUUUCUGCUCUUGAUGAUAUUUUGGAUUUGAAACGAGUUUGUGCUUUAUUUACGCGCUUCUGAUGAAGUUGUUGUCUCAACGUGUUUAAGCACGAAAUUUAAUAAUAUGGAAAUUAUUUUACAGGAAUGCGGAAGUGCAGUGCGACUAGGACGAAUUUGAGUAUUCAUUGUGACUGUCAUGUGGCGUGAGUAAAUAUAGUCGUGUGCAUACUAAGACGCUGUACAGCAUAUAUUUUUCUUUCAUUUCAGGCGCAUUUUACUCUAAAAGUUUUUUUUCUCCCAAAUUUGACUCAAAUUUCGUUUUAUAAGCAAAGCGCAUGUAAAAAAUAAUAGAUGUUGAUCCUUGACCGAUUGAAAAGUUAAACUCUUCAAAAACACUUUAAAUGAUUGUAUUGACAUGAAUGAGCGUACAAACCAUAGAACGACCUUGUGCAAACACAAGUAUAACCCUGGAGUAUACCCUGGAGUAUAACACUGGAGUAUAACCCUGGAGUAUAACCUUGGAGUAUAACCCUGGAGUAUAACCCUGGAGUAUAACCCUGUAGCUGGAGCUUCUGUGACAUGGUAAUUAAUACCUCUAUCCCUUUAUUUUGAUAAAUAUAUUUACAUAAGUUAAAUCACAGUUUGGUUAAAUUCUAUCUUUUCACUUGUCAACACUUCACCGCCUUACGCAAAAAAGCGUGAAACACUUGUAUGGCAGUAACUGAAGUAACUCCAUCAACAGGGGUGGAAAAAAUAUUUUGCUUUCUGGGACCGCAAGAGAACAUUGAAAAUUUUCUGCAAAUAAUCAAGUAAAUUGACACUCAGACUCUAACUGUGUGAUGUUGUCAAACUGAAUUUUGAAUUUUAGAAGUCUGUAACAGCUAUUUCCUGUGAUUUCACAGAAAUAUCCAAAGGGAACAACACAAUUUGUGUGGUUAGGGAAGCCUCGCAUAUCGGUUUUGUCAAUGAGAAGUGUCAUAUGGACGUUUCUCCGGAAACCCCCCCACCACCACCACCACCACAACCACCACCACCCACCUUAGAAACGUCACAUAUAGUUAUCCAUAUUUUGUUCUUAUAGUAGCAAUGCUUCCGCGAGGAAUAUGUCAUCUUCUGCUGACAUAUUUGUUUUAUUAAUACACAUGAACUCUCAAAACAACUUUUUUUGCUUGAAAUAUUGACACUGAUUUUAGCGCAUUUUUCAAGGCAUUUUUCUUGAAAUUUGAGUGUUUUUAAUGCAAGGAAGGCAUAAUAAUAUAAAUGUAUAGAACAGGUAUGGUAUUACGAGUGUAUAAACUGAUGUUUGUAUCAAGUUGUUUCCGCCUUUUUUAUAUUCUGCAAAUAUGAUUCCGAAAUGUUAAGGAUUUCGAAAAAACUAUCGAUUUUUUCCAUGAUGUUUUACAUAGAAACAUCAAAGCUGCACCCCCCCCAAACAAACAAAAUUUUUAAUAUUUUUUUUUAAACUUUUUGCAUUUUAAUUAUAUUUCACUAUAGGCCUAUAUUAUUCAACUUAACUAAAAUGUAGCUAAAUAUAGUACUUCUUAAUAUGAUCUUUCACUUGGAAUUGCGUUAGGUCGACAAUUGUUGUAGUGUACUGUUGAACAGGGGUGGAAAAAAAUUUUUGUCUAGAAAUUUUCUGUAAAAUUUGCAAUGUUACAAUUACAAAAAUAACAAAACAAAUGCAUAAUUAUUGUAUUAUUUAUACUUUAGUAAUAAUAGGCUUUGGGCUGGUUUUAGUAUGCUCGUACAUCGCAACAGUUGUCUGUUAUAUACCACAGUUAUGAGUUAUGACCAACUAGUAAGGAUCUAACGCUUAACUAAGUGUUCUAUCAUCUUAUUUAUUCCAUCACUUUUAUUUGUUUACUAUUUAAUUUGCAUUUUAUUGGAGACUUUGCAGAGCAUAUGUUUAUCAUUUUACCUCAUUGUGAUAGCAGGGGUGGGUAAAAGAAUUAAUUUGAUAAUUUCUGUCAAAUAUUUAAAGGGGUGCCGAUGUUAGUGUGUACAGUGUAAAUAAAGUAGAAUAGUUGUAACUUGUAAGUUGAGUAAACAGAGUUAUCUCAAAAUGUUGAAAUAUUUUCUGGAAAAUUUUCUGCAAAACUCUCAACUCAAAAAACUCAAAACAAUUUCUGGGAACUAGGUUCCCAGGUUCCGAUACUUUUUCCACCCCUGCUGUUGAAUACCAAGAUUUUGUUGGCAUCUCAGUGAUCUCACUCAAUUGAAUAAUAGUUGAAGGGUCUUGUAGAUGGGAAUUAUCGAGUGGAAAUCUAUAUACAUUUACUAAACCUAACCUGCAGGAACAAUUGCGAAAAAUGCAACUAUGGCCCUGCGAUUCUGGUGCAGCACUCUAACGAACUCGGAUUCUAACCCCGAUAACUGUGCAGUACUGUAACGUCGUUUACACUAUAAAGCUAUGCCUAGCAUUCUGUUAUCUAUAACAGCGUUACUGGUAUCAACUAUGUAUCCACAGACCACUACGCAUAGCACUCUGGGUGCAAAUCUGUACGUUAUGUGGCUAUGGCAUUAAUAAAAUUGCUGUAGUGUAAUAUAGGUUAUAAAAUGCGGUCAAAUAUCUACAUACACUGAUACACUUUGUUAAGUCUAAAUUGGUAUAAGCGCUCCAGUUUCAAUGCAUAAAGCAGAUGAACGACUCAUGAACAGGCAGUAAGUAAUACGCUCAUACUUUAUAUCGCAGAAAGGUGCUAGAAAAGACGUCCAACUCUUCUAUUCUUGAGAUAGCAGGAGUUCGACUUUGGACAACAGCUGUUUCGAGCAUGCGCAGGGCUAAUUAUCCAAUCAGAAACCAGGAUUUCUUGUAUUAAAUAUUGUAACAUCUCCUGCCUUCGGCAGAUAUAGCAGGAGUGACACACGAGUUGUAUGUAAAUCAAUAUAUAUUACCUGAAAAUGAGCUGUUGCAGAGUUGCAGUUGCUAGGUAACAGGGCUGUAAAACUUUGUAAAUGUAAUAGAAAGCAGGAAAUGAAAAUAAUGAAUACGACCAGAAAAAUUACCAUGACUUUUUAAAGUUCAAGAUUGGACACUUUGAAAGAUGGGACAGUCUGAAACUUGGACAAUCAUUUCUCUAUUUUGUGGAAAGUUUUAGUCCUGCUGAGCAGGACCGCUAGCUACACCCACUGAUGAAGGGUCUGAUCCUACGGUGAAUAAUAUAUUUUCAGGGCUCACAUUGAUACCAGUUCUUCUGAACUGACGUGACUACCCUGACGAAAUAAAGUUGAUUUGAUUUGAUUUAUAAAGAUGCUAAAAAGGCAAUACUAUGGGGCACUACCUAGCCUGCGUUUAGUACGGGCGGGAAAAGAGGAAACGCCUGCCCAUGCAAAUGGCUAUGACAAAUUUGUUUUCGCCCAUUAAGGAUGAUUGACGUUUUGUAAUUAGCACCUUCACCCAAUCAUAGUCGAGAUUUAUAUUUAGCAUCUUGCAUGCUUUUUCGCCUUUUUGCUCGGCAACUAGGGAGAUUUGCAGAGAUUUUAUUUAUGUACUAUUUAAAACAUGAGCAGCAGUGUUUUAUCAGAUAUAAAGAUGGUCUGAUAAAACCCGCACUGCGAAUGUUUUAAAGUGCUUCAAAAACGAUCGAUCUAGUAUAAGUUCAUUGGCGAAAUACCUUUCAAAAAAUUCGUUGUGUAUGUAGAGAAAAUCAAAGUUAAAGUUUAUGUAUAAAUCAAGGGAAAUCUUUAUCACAUACAAAGAUACACGUUUAUGAUUUUUCUUUGUGGUUUUUCCUCAUGAAUUAUUGAGUUUUUGAAGCUAUUUUAGACAACAGUCACAACACAGAGCUUUUAUCUUUUAAAGGCUCCUGAACCACGGUUGUUUAAUGUAUUCUGCCGUAUAGCAAAUUAACUGCAAUAUUAAACAGUUGAGCAUGUUUUGAAAUAUUAUUCUUAAAAUCAUCAUCCAACCUCAUAGCUGCAAUGCCAAGUGAUAUAGCCUCAACUAUCUGGUCUUGAAUUAUACUUUAAAGUGAACAAAUAACAAGACAACUAUAUUCUAUAACUAUAAGGAAUAUUCGAUCCCUGCUCGGGCAAGCUUUGAUUUGCCGAUUUGCCGUAUUCCGUAGGAAGAAUCGCGAUAACCGGCGUCUUCACCACGUAGCAAAUUAAUAAUAGACUUUCUCUAUUCUGGUUUCAACUGAAUUUCGAAGCCUAAAUACUUGAAAUAUAAGAGUUCCCUCGAAAGCAUUAACAGGCGGCAUAUUUUCGAUACGCGAGUAAAAUUAUUGUUGACAUUUGAGUUACGUAAUUACUUCCGUUAACGAGAUUGACCAAUGGGAAGCUUUUCCGAAGAUUCUUCGGAGAAGAACAAAUUAAUCAUAGGCAUUUGGGCAGGCGUUUAUUUAACGACGCCCUCUCUUCUCCCGCCCGCACUAAACGCCUGCUACGCAGGCUAGGAACUACCAGGGGAAUCGAUCCAUGCUCCCCAGAAAAUUUUGAAAAUUAGCUGUUCCAGAUUAGCUAAAAAUGCAUUGCACUUGCCCUAUUAAGAUGGAUGCACUCAUAAUUGCAUUUCUGAGGUCAUACCUACUGUACAGGUAACAUUCUUUCCAUUGGUUAGAAUUUUUCUUCUGAAUUUCUCCUUUUAUCUAUUAAAUUUUUACAAUUAUGUUUUUUUUUCUUUCUUGGGGAAAUAUUUUCUGGGAACUCAAAAAAUUUUCUGGGACCAAUGGUCCCGUGGUCCGAUACUCUUUCCACCCCUAUCCAUCAAGUAAGAACUUAUACAUCAUUAAAAAAAUAAUUAAACGCAAUAUGAGAAACAGCUGUCACUAAGGGUAUUAUAUUUCCCAGCGUUUCUAAAUUGACAUCUUAAGCGAAAUGUUUAAGUUGCUGCCCAAACCAUUGAAUCAUGAGUGUCCCUUUAUGUUGUGUGGCGUGGGUUAAAAGUCGUGUGUUGUGGAUAAAGUCAGUUAAAGUCGUGGGACACUCAUGAUUCAAUGGUUUGGGUAGCAACUCGAACAUUUCGCUUGAGAUGUUUCUAUAUACGUAAUUGUUCUUGUAGAAAUGCUUGCAUGUACAACGAUUAUUAUUCUAGGAAGAAGACCUCUAGGACUAUCAUUGUACGAUAAUUAAGUUUGGAAGAAUAAUUUUCCGUGACCAUUUUUGGAUAUGUUGAUCUUAGAGAAAUUUCGGUUGAGAUGAAGGCCAUGCUUGGCAUAUUCAAGAACAAGCUUUCGUUGGCAGGGAUGCAACUACCUGAAAAAUAUAAGGAGAAUUUCGACGUUUCCAUCAAAGGCCCUUCGUCUGGAGUUUCUACUCCAUACCCUUCGUCUGAAGUUGCUACUCGAGACCCUUCGUCUCGAGUUUAAUAAUACUCCAGACGCAGGGCCUUCGCUCGAAACGUCGAAAUUCUCCUUAUAUAUUUUUCAGGUAGUUGUCACCCUACCAACGAAAGCUUAUUAUUAUUAUUAGCGCUACCUACGUGUACAGACCGUUCAAGAUUAUAUUUAAUUUCACCCCAACUCCGCGUUUUCUACCAAGCCUACUGUAUUUUAACCGCCUAUAGAGAUGUUGGUUGUUGCUGAUCAGAGGACAACUAUAUUACAGAUGGUCAAUAUUAUAUUUAAUAGAAAAAUAUACUCUCAUUAUAUUAUAUUUGCUUCCAUAAAUACUAUCUUAAAGCCUUUCGUCUCUGGAGCCUUAUAAACUUUAUGAGAUCGAUUUGAAAUUAUUUCGGAUACUGAAAAUAUUAUCGCACUGUGAAAUUACUCUAAUAUGUACACAUAAACAAAAUAUGUGCUUUGCAGUAAUAUUAUGGCGAAUACUCGACACUGGAUUGCCAGAUAUAUAAAAUUGCGUUAAUUAAGCCGAAUUACAUCUAGCCAAUUAGAUCAGUCUUGUGUAGUCGUGUGUUCAGCAGUGGAUUUGAUUCAUAUAUAGACCAAAAAGCCAGAACCAACCCACAAUUUAAGAAAAUAAAGAAUAAACAAAAAGUAAAGAUGAAAACACCUUGAAACCAAGGGCAAGGUAUCAGGGCCUCUUUUGAGGAUGUGUAACUGGGGGGCAUAUUUCGCGGGGGACCUGGAGAAAUUCCAGUCGGCAAGUCUGUAUCACUGCAGCUACCAGCAUAUAUAUGCAUGGUUUAACUAAUAAGUAUACGUCAUAGGGCAGCAGAUCAGGCAUGUAACUAGGAUUCUGAGACAACCGAGUCGAAUACCGAAGGUGCGAGCCAUCUAGAGGGGUCUGGGUGCAUUCCCCCCUCAGAAAAUGUUGGAUUUCCUGAAGCUCAGAUAAGCUAUUUCCAGCAUUUUGAGGAGUGUUCGAACAAAAAAAUUAACCUUAUGACACAAUUACUGCAAUUUUACAGUCUCCCAAAUGUAGAUGAUGGUCAAAUUCAGAAAUGUUAACAACUUAACAUAAUUUUCUCACUUUGAUAUAUAAUUGCUGGUUGACCACCUACUGCAGGUAGUUCUUAGGGACCUUGUACUGGGGGGGGGGGAAAUUGCCGACUGGAAGGGCCAGUAAGAGGGCUGAGGGGGGCGGACAUGUUCCCCCUAAUCUAUAUGUUAAAAGAGGCCUUGCAAGGUAUGGGCUAGAACAAGACGUAAAUUUAAAUGUUUAUUAUAGUGGUUGUAUCGUUUUGUUAUAUUUAUAGUUUAUUUUUGUAUAUAUUUAUUAUUAUAAUCAUGAUUCUGUAAUAGGAUCGAAAAUAAGCGUUUAAAUUUAUACGUCUUAUUUUAGUCCAUAUGUUCGGUUUCAAGAUGUUUUGGUUCAAUUAAUACUUGCAUAAUCAUAUCACUACCUGUGGCUGUUGCAACUAGAUAUACAUAUCAGUUCACUGUGAAUUUGGUGGCCGGUACACAUUCAUGUGGUCCUUUGCCAUUGGGUUCGACAGCUCUUUAAUACAUUCACCGAUAGGCACUCCGCCGAAAUGUAUAACAUCACUGAAACAUGUAUAGAGUAAAUUGUAUUCGAUCUAAAUACAAACAUAAACUAAUAUAAAUAAAUUAUAAAUUAAAAGAAGUCUGUAACUUACUUCUUGGCAAGUUCAAAACAACAACAUAAACAACAUCAGAGACAGAGUCCAAUUCUUUAACAGCGAAACAGCGUGCCUUGUUCAGCUUGUCCGUUUUCCGCGUUUUUGCAUAAUUAUAGUAAUUAUAUUUACAAAUAACAAAUUACGUAACUUUUCGCAACAUUCAUAUGCCUAUAUAAACUCGAAACGAAUAAACUAUAAAUUAUGUGGUAAAAAAGUUCAACUUGGUUCUUUAUUCUUCUUUUCUAUCCGUGUGUCACAUAUUCAUUUAAUCUCAUUUGAUUGAUCUUUCCAUGUGUCAUGGAUUAUAGUUCUCUCCAUUCUAUCCUGUUCUUUGAACUUUUCUCAUGUACCGGUUAUAUAAUAAAUAUGGGUUAGUUUAUUAGACCUAUUCUUCCAUUGCAUUUAGGUUUGGUUCUUGGUUCAUUUUUCUUUGGAUACAUCACAACUCAGAUACCUGGCGGAUUUCUCGCUUCAAAGUAUGGUGGUAAGAGUUUAUUCGGCGGGGGAAUACUUCUUGCCAGUAUUCUCACCAUGCUUACACCAGUGGCUACGAGGCGAAGUGUUUCUUGGCUCAUUGCGUUACGUAUCUUGGAAGGAAUUGCUCAGGUACCAUACAGCAGUUCUCAUAUGCAACUUCCGUAAAUCCUUCAUUAGUCGGAGGGGGGGGGGAGGCUUUUUUUUCCACUGAGCUCCCUGUAUAUCUCGAGUUUUGAGAACUUCAGUGAUUUCGGCCUAUGAGAAAAAGUGAAACCAAAAUGGCGGAAAUUGACGUCCGUAAUCUAUAAAGGUCAUAAACAGUUUUCAUACAAUUUUUCCCAGCUGAUUCUAAUUUCUCCUAACGGAUGUUAUCGCUAAUCAAGUUAUCAGUUCAUAAAACCACAAUAUUUCCUCUGACUCGAAGUCAAAAUAGGAAAUGUCGGCACUCUCCUGACAGCUUCGUGUCAACUGCGCAGACGAACAUCACAGGCACAGGAAGGGACUGGCACUGGACGCCAAUUUUCGCCAUCUUGACCUUGUUCAUGGGCAUCAUUUUUAAUUUUGGACUCGAGAUCUCACUCCAGAUAUAUAUGGAGCUCACUGUAUAUUUCAAGCACCUUUGAAGGGGUUGUAUUUGAGAGGGGGGGGGGGGGCCUAAUAGAGAGGGCGACUCAUUUAGCUUUGCUGCUACACGGCGAAGAUGAAGCGCAAUGAACUAACUUUAGUCCAAUUAAAUUUUAGUCCAAUUAAUAAAUCUAAGCCGUACACAUGCUUUUCCUUAAUAAACUGGGGCUAUAUAGAGGAUUAUCUUAUAGUACUAUAAAGAGUAAAAGUAUUUUCGCAAUGUUCAUUCUACUCUCGGUAAGCACCAGUGAGGGUAGACUAGUGUAAUAUUGUAAUAAGAGACUUUAGUAGGGACUAUAACUUCGGCUGUACUUUUACCAGUUUGUGUUUUGAUAUCAUUUUGUUACAUGAAGGGUGUGAUAUAUUCUUCAAAUCAUGCAGUGAUGAGUCGAUGGGCACCAGUCUUAGAGAGAUCCAAAAUGGUAGCGUUGUCUACUUCAGGUAUGAGUAGAAACAGAAUUUUAUUUUAUGAGGAUCUGAUUGGCUUUAAGCAGUGGGUGGAACGCCAGGCUAAAGAUAAGGGACUGUCAAAAGGAGUAACGACAAUUUCUAUACCCAAUUAUAUAUUCUUGGAUUUAAGCUUGACAAGAACGAAUCUAUAAUUAAUAUACAGUAUUGGUUUUAAAUUUUAUAUGAUAUAAAUAGCUAAACAAAUUAAAAUAAUAAAGUUGAGAACUAGAGAUUAGGGUAGGCUGACAUGAGACAUUUUUUAAAAUUCUUUGUUAUUUUGAUUUGAAAAAGUGAGGAAUAAACUUAACAACAAUUUCUUAUUGAAACUAAACAACUUUUCUUCCAAGAAAAAAGCGAUGGAUGGCUGUAUGAAGAUGUUUUGAUAUCUAGUCGGCAUUUUAAUUGUCAAGAUUUUAAAACAACAACAGAUUUUUUUCGAAAAGUAAGGUCGAUAAUUUUCAAACAUGUUGAUAUCAUAAACCAUUUCAUAUAAACAAAAAUUGAAUGGGCAUACCUUUUCGUCAUGUUUUCAACGAUUUCCAUAAGAAAGAGUACAAGCUCAGCUGUUUUUCGUAAUCGUCGAAAUGCAAAAGUGUAACAGCCGUUUUAUAACAAAAUGGGUAAAAACACGAAUGGCACUAAACUGCAAUUGAAGAAAGUACUUUAAAGCAUCCAUUUCUUAUAAAGUAAAUAAGUUACGCUAAAAAUGUUUUCUCUAAAUUCUUAAUUGCCGGUUUUGGUAUCCAUGUCUUGUGUCGUGAAGUUUAGAAACAUUGCUUUGAAACACAACACCUUAAAUAUAUAUACCCGACGAUUACCCGUUCCAAAAAAGGUUAUUGUUUUGUUUUUUAAAACACCAUGUUGCUACAAUUUGCCAAAUUUUCCAUCGGAUCGUGAUAUAGUAAUAUUAUUAAAGUGGAAGUCAAGUCCGUUCUGCGCAUCGGUUCUGCUCAUAACAAUGUGAGGACCUCUAAUGUAAACAUUGCCCAAAUUUCGAAUGUUUUGAAUUUUUCUGAACAUAAUCUCUAUUUCGUAUUCAUUUAGAAGCAUAGCGAACCAAAGUGGUGUUAGAUAUUCAGACAGUACAUCAUAUUUUAAAAAAUACAGCUGUUCAAAAUGUAAACAAACCGUUUGUUUACAUAUGGACUUGACUUCCACUUUAAUAUUAUGAUUUACACUGAUGAAGGUCCGUUGCAAACCUAUAGCUAUAUAACGAACGUAUAAAUUCUAGGGGCCUUCAUUGGAACUUUAUUUACAAUGCCUGUAUCAGGAAUAUUGGUAAAAAUGUAUGGCUGGCCUGCAGUCUUUUAUUUCUUUGGUAAGUUUAUUGUACUGUACCGUACCGUACCGUACUGUACUGUAUAGUAAUGUGUCAACUUGUAUCAACUUGUAUUGUAUCAACUUGUAUUGUAUCAACUUGUAUUGUAUCAACUUGUAUUGUACCAACUUGUAUUGUAUCAACUUGUAUUGUAUCAACUUGUAUUGUAUCAACUUGUAUUGUACCAACUUGUAUUGUAUCAACUUGUAUUGUAUCAACUUGUAUUGUACCAACUUGUAUUGUAUCAACUUGUAUUGUAUCAACUUGUAUUGUAUCAACUUGUAUUGUAUCAACUUGUAUUGUAUCAACUUGUAUUGUAUCAACUUGUAUUGUACCAACUUGUAUUGUAUCAACUUGUAUUGUAUCAACUUGUAUUGUAUCAACUUGUAUUGUAUCAACUUGUAUAUUCUAUGGUAUAAUAAUUGUAUAUGUAAUAUAAUCAACGUACAGUAUAUUGUACAAUGUAUUGUAUCUUUGGCUUAAUUGUCUUACAAUCACACACCUUUUAGGUAUUUUAGGAAUUUUAUGGAGUUGUCUUUGGUUCUUUAUGGUAACUAACUCUCCGAGAGAACAUCCGAAAAUUAGUAGAAAGGAACUGAACUAUAUUGAGCGAAGUUUGAAAGGUGAAAGUGAAACGGAGGUUGGUACUG